AUUCGAUUUUGUUCUAUCAUCCGUGUCCGUCACAAUAUGUAAAGUCAAUAGGGUAUGUUUAAUGUAUCGAAUUUUUGUUUAGAAGAUGGAAAUUAUUUUCAAGGGCCACACUUCUUUCAUUGACUCUUGGGCAUUUAUUUCGCUAUUUAAUUUUAGCUAAAGGUUAUUUACAUUAAUUUGUUUUAGUUUUCCAACAUUUUGUGAUAAUUCAUAAUUAUAAAUUCAAUGCAACUGGAAUCGUUAAAGCCCUAGCAAAAAUUGAUUGCGAAACGAUUAUCUGAAGCCUUCAUUCACACAUAUAUACUUGCAUAAUGAAGAUAUGGACGUCGGAGCACACAUUCAACCACCCAUGGGAAACAGUUACACAGGCAGCCUGGCGAAAAUAUCCGAAUCCGAUGACACCAUCUAUAAUUGGAACAGAUGUUGUAGAGCGUGAAGUGGUAGACGGAGUGUUACACACGCACCGCCUUGUUCAGUCGAAGUGGUAUUUCCCAAAAUGGACAAAUUCACUAAUUGGUACUGCCAAAACAUGUUUUGCAAGUGAACGUUCUACUGUGGACCCGCAACGGAAACAAAUGAUUUUAAAAACCAUUAACUUGACUUUCUGUCGGCAUAUAUCGGUUGAUGAAGUGCUCUAUUAUGAACCACAUCCCACGGAUUCUAGUAAAACGCUACUAAAGCAGGAAGCGUCCGUCAGUGUGCAAGGCGUUCCGUUGUGUCACUAUAUGGAAGAUAUGCUAACAUCCACAAUCAGCAUGAAUGCUGGCAAGGGGCGCCAAGGUCUUGAAUGGGUAAUUGGACGUAUAAAUGCAGAAGUCAAAGGUAUUGCCGAGUCUGCCGAUGACUUCUUAAUGAAAACAAAACACUCAUUAGAUGACAUGACUGAAAGUGCUCGUAAAAGUAUGGAUGAAAUAAGUGUGCAAGCUGCAAAGGCAGCAAAACAUAUUCACAUAUAAUAGAUGCGAUAAAAACAAAAGAAUUUUGUGAAUAUUAUAUUUGGGCUGUACGCUACUGUCACAAAAGCGAGUACUUGGAUUGAGACUAUCGUACAAAAGGAAAUAACCAAUAAAAAUAAAUAUUAUUACUUUAUUAAAAUCAUAA